CUCAGCCGGAGGUACUUCUUUGGGCUCGGUGGAAACUACUGCUCCGUCGUCGUCGUCGUCGUCCCAUGCGCCCCCCACUCGCCCACCCCCAGCGAGGAGGCGCUUGCUCCACCCGAGCGAAACUGGGCGCCCGGGGUGGGCCGCUUGUUCGGGGCGGCGACCGGCCGCGAGGGGUGGGGCACUCUUCCUCCCGACUCCGACCGGGGGGCAAGGCGCUGCUUCUCGAUGCGUUGGCUGCAGCCGCUCCGUGUCGGGGCCUCGCCUGUUUGUCCCCGUCGAGCAUCUCGAUCUGCAGUUAUCCAGUCGCAUCGACGCCUCACCAAGCUUCCCUCGAUCUGCCACAAGGAGCAGAAACAGACAGCAUACGAUCCAUGUCUUCGUCAUCGACUGAAGUGCCAAGCCAGAAGCACAUCGCCAUCGAUUUCGGCGCUGGCGUGGUUGGAGGAACCUCUGGUGUCCUGGUGGGCCAUCCUCUGGAUACCAUCAAGGUUCGAUUGCAAUCGCAGGCCAUAUCCGGGCAUCGGUACCGCAAUCUGAUGGACUGCUUUGCGACCAUCAUCAAGGAGGAGAAGAUUUCAGGCCUGUACAAAGGCAUGUCUUCGCCGCUGUUUGGAGUGGCAGUCAUCAACAGCUUGCUCUUUGGCGUCUACGGCUGGUUUCUGCGGCACCUCGAUAAUGGCCGAGAGAGCUCCAUCGCAACAAUCUUCUGGGCAGGAAACGGAUCGGGCUUUGUCAAUGCAUUUUUCAGCUGCCCCAUGGAGCUCGUGAAAAUCCGGCUGCAGAAUCAGUUCAGUACACCAAGCGGAUCAUCAGCACCGUACUAUCGCGGUCCCCUCGACUGCUGCAGCAAGAUAUACCGAGCCGAGGGCAUCCGCGGGUUCUAUCGAGGAUUUGGAUGCACUCUCAUUCGCGAAACCCCAAGCUACGGUGUCUAUUUUGCAUCCUAUGAGCUGCUGUGCCGCUACUGUGUGCCCGAAGGAGCACCCCUGGACAAGCCGACUGCGGGGCUCUUGUUUGCCGGUGGGAUGGCUGGAGUGAUGGCCUGGAUGAUCACCUAUCCCUUCGAUGUUGUCAAGACUCGGUUGCAGUCCGUUCCCGAUGCCUCGGUGCAUGCCCCUGCUUAUCGUGGAACGUUCGAUUGCAUGCGACAGAUCAUUGCCAAGGAAGGUAUCCGGACGCUGUUUGCUGGCGCUGGCGCAACGGCGAUCCGGGCCUUCCCGACGAACGCGGCGACAUUCUAUGCUGUGUGCUGGUUUCAGAGCCUAUUCCAGUAAACCGACGGUUUGAUAUCUAUCGAUUCCCGAAACCCAAUGUGCGCUCUCGUCUGGGGCUACCGCUUGUCU